AUGUGUGUCUUUGCUGCUGCACAGGAGAGACAGCAGCGGCAGCAGCUGCAGCUGGAGCUGGCUGAGGCGCGUAGGUAUCUGCUGCAGCAGCAGCAGCAGCAGGAGGAGCAGCAGCAGCAGCAGCAGUUUCUGCUGCCUCAUCUGGGUGUUGGUGUUGAUAUACAGCAGACACAGACACACAGGCUGCAGCAGCAGCUGCUGCAGAAGGAGCAGCAGCUGCGAGGCCUUGCUGCAGCUCUUGAUAGCUUCAGGGCGCAGAGUAGAGCAGCAGCAGCAGCACUGCAGCAGCAGCUGCAACAGGCAUUUGAACGGGUGGCAGAGAAGUCGCUGCAGCAGCAGCAGCAAAGCAACAUGCAGCUGCAGCAGCAGCUGGCACUGCAGCAGCGUAUUCGUCACGAGGUGCAGCAGCAGCUGGAGCAGCAGCAGCAGCAAGUCGACCUGCUGCAGCAGCAAAAUGAGGAACUGCAGGAGGAAGCAGCAGAGUAUCGACGCAACGCUGCUGCUGCUGCUGCUGUGGGGCCCGCAGCACUUGCUGCUGCUGCUGCUGCUGCUGGGGGAGGCGGAGAGUCAGAGGGUAUUGCUGCUCUGCUGCAGCUGGAGCGGCAGCUAGCAGCAGAUCGAUACGAGCAGCAGCUGCAGCAGCUGCAGCAGGAGACGGAGCAGCAGCGUCGUGAGCUGCAGCAGACCCAUGCUGAGCUGCAGCGGGCGCAGCAGCAGAUCCAAGUAUACCAACAGCAGCAGCAGGAGCAGCAGCAGCAGCAGCAGCAACAGCAGCAGCAGCAGCAUGACCUCGCGCAGCAACUGGCGGAGCAGCAGCAACAGCAGCUGCAGCUGAUUGAGGAAAGGGAUCGAGAAUCAGCAGCAGCAGCAGCAGCAGCAGCAGCAGCGCAGCGCUGCGAUGAGCAGCAGCACCUGCAAGAGAAUCAGCAGCAGCAGCAGCAGCAGCAGCAGCAGCAGCAGCAGCAGCUUGAUGAAGAGCAGCAGCAACAGCAGGUUGCAAGCGUAGAGACACUGCAGCAGCAAGUGAGUUCUCUCGUCUCUGUCAACGCUCAGCUCUCGCAGUGGAUUCGGCGGCUGCUGCAGCUGGUGCUGCAGCGGCUGCACCACGACGGCAGCAGCGACAGCAGCAGCAGCAGCAGCAGCAGAAACUCUCUGCAGCAGUCUGCAGCAACAGAAGAUGCAGAGCUGCGGGAGAACCUCAACGACUUGCUCUCCUCGCUGCAGCAGCAGCAGCUAAAUGAAGACCUGCAGCUGAACCUGUCUUCCUAUCUGGAGCAACUGCAGCAGCAGCAGCAGCAGCAGCAGCAGCAGCAGCAGCAGCACGAGCAACAGCGGCGGGUGACAAGGCGCCGGAGGGCUCGAUCCACUUCACCUGUACGCGAAGAAAAGGAGCAGAGAAACUCUCUGCAGCAGUCUGCAGCAACAGAAGAUGCAGAGCUGCGGGAGAACCUCAACGACUUGCUGUCCUCGCUGCAGCAGCAGCAGCUAAAUGAAGACCUGCAGCUGAACCUGUCUUCCUACCUGGAGCAACUGCAGCAGCAGCAGCAGCAGCAGCAGCAGCAGCAAGAGCAGCAGCGGCGGGUGACAAGGCGCCGGAGGGCUCGAUCCACUUCACCUGUACGCGAAGAAAAGGAGCAAUUGCCUUGCCGCAGCAGGAGCAGCAGCAGCAGCAACAGGAGCAGCAACAGCAGCAGCCGCAGCAGCAGCAGCAGCGGGAAUGAGGGGGCCAUACCAACCGACUGCGGGGAGCAGCAGAGACAGGCGCUGCUGCUCUGGCGUAAGCAGGUGCAGCGCAGGAGAAAGCUUUCAGCAGCACUCCGUGCUGCAGAUCUCGAGCCCUUGCAGCAGCAGCAGCAGCAGCAGCAGCAACAGCAGCAGCAGCAGCAGGUGCAGCAGUUGCCAGAGGUUGUUACAGUAGGUGUACAGACAGACGGUGAACCUGCACAUGCCGAGGCCUCUCCAGAAAAGCAGCAACAGCAGCAGCAGCAGCAGCAGAAGCAGAAGCAGCAGCAGCAGGAGCUCGAGCAGCUGCAGCAGGAGCUUGGGCAGCUGCAGCAGCAGCUGCAGCAGCUGAAUCAACUGCAGCAAGAAUGGCAGCAAAAGGAACAGGAGUGGCAGACACAGCACGAAGAGCUCAGCAAGGCUAAGGAAGCAGAAAGAGAACGGGCAGAGACGGUGCAGCGGGAGCUGGGUGCGACACGAGUGCUGCUGCUGGAGCAACAGGAAGCAGAGCAGCAGCUGCAGCAGCACAUGGAGAAGGAGCAGCAGCAGCUGCAGCAGCAGCUGCAGCAGCAGAGGGAGAAGGAGCAGCAGCAGCUGGAGUUGCAGCGACAAGAGCUGCAGCAGCUGCAGCGCCAACUCGAAGCAGCAGAUUCGGAGCUGCAGCAGCAAAAGAAACAUUAUGAGGCACUCCUCGCGACGCACAACAACCGUGCAGCAGCAGAAGCAGCAGCAGCAGCAGCAGCAGCAGCAGCAGCAGCAGCAGCAGCAGCACAUGCGCAGCAGUCGCGUGAGCUGCAGAUGGUCUCUGUGGCUGUCCAGACAACGCUUGAGCUGCAGCAGCAGCAGCAGCAGCUUGAGCAGCAGCAGCAAGAGACCCAGACAGAGCUGUCGCUGCUGGAGCCGUUGCUGCAGCAACAACUUGCUCUGCAGCAGCAGCAGCAGCAGCAGGCAGCAACUGCAGCAGCUGCAGCAGCUGCAGCAGCUGCAACAACUGCAGCAGCUGCGGGAAGCAAAAGUGAGGCGCUAGCUGUUGGCUCUCACCGAGCAGAUGACAGCAGCAGCAGCAGCAGCAGCAGCAGCGGCAACCGCAGCAGCAGCAGCAGCAGCAACAGCAGCUUCGCGAGGCUUCGGGGUCGUCGCAGCGUUUCAUGGGUGCAGCAAAAUGCUCUCCCCACGCGGAGGAGGCGUUCCCUGUCAGCAGCAGCAGCAGCAGCAGCAGUUGCUGCUGCUGCUGCUGAUGGAGACCGAUGCUCCUGCCGCUGCUGCAAGCGGCGCCAAAGGCUGCAGCGUUCUCUGCUGCAUGCUGCUGGUGAUGCUGCUGCUGCUGCUGCAGUGCAGCGGCAUUCGAGUCGCACGAGAGCCCAGAAGCCUAGACAUCAUAGCAGCAACAGCAGAAAGAGCAGCAGCAGCAGCAGCAGCAGCAGCAGCAGCGACCGGAUAUAUUUGAGGAGAGGUUCAGCAGAUCGUGCAAGGCGGCGGCGCAAAGUUAUGCUGCAGCAACAGCAGCAGCAACAGCAGCAGCAGCAGCAGCAAGCGCUGGAUAGCGACUCUUCGUGGACAACGAGCUCUACACCGAGCCGCUACGUGCGCAGGCUGCUGCAGCAGCAGCAACAGCAGCAGCAGCAGCAGCAACAGGAGAGGCGGCGGUGGCAAUCUUCGAGGCAGCAGCAGCAGCAGCAGCAGCAGCAACACAGACAUGAGGUGGCUGUACACCCCGUCGAGGAGUUCGUUGACCUGCUGAAGGAAGUCGAUGGCAUCGCAGACCCUGCAGCACCGCCCCCGCGUUUCUACCGCCAGCAGCAGCUGCAGCAGCAGCAGCAGCAGCAGCACGAAGCAGCAGCUGCUGCUGCAGCCUUUACAGCGUUCACGCAACGAAGCAGCCACCAGUAUCUGCAGCAGGGACAGAGGAGCAGAGCAGCAAAACACGGCCACACUGCUGCUGCUGUUGACACGCUUGAUGCGCAGACGCAGGUAAACCCGGAAGAUCUGCUGCAGGAAGAGGAGACACAGCAGCAGCAGCAGCAGCAGCAGCAGCAGCAGGUUGCGAACAUUGACUCUUCAGCUGCAGCAGCUGCAGCAGCUGCAACAACUGCAGCAGCUGCGGGAAGCAAAAGUGAGGGGCUAGCUGUUGGCUCUCACCGAGCAGAUGACAGCAGCAGCAGCAGCAGCAGCAGCGGCAACCGCAGCAGCAGCAGAAGCAGCAGCAACAGCAGCUUGGCGAGGCUUCGUGGUCGUCGCAGCGUUUCAUGGGUGCAGCAAAAUGCUCUCCCCACCCGGAGAGGGCGUUCCCUGUCAGCAGCAGCAGCAGCAGCAGCAGUUGCUGCUGCUGCUGCUGAUGGAGACCGAUGCUCCUGCCGCUGCUGCAAGCGGCGCCAAAGGCUGCAGCGUUCUCUGCUGCACGCUGCUGGUGAUGCUGCUGCUGCUGCUGCUGCAGUGCAGCGGCAUUCGAGUCGCGCGAGGGCCCAGAAGCCUAGACAUUAUAGCAGCAACAGCAGAAAGAGCAGCAGCAGCAGCAGCAGCAGCAGCAGCAGCAGCGACCGGAUAUACUUGAGGAGAGGUUCAGCAGAUCGUGCGAGGCGGCGGCGCAAAGUUAUGCUGCAGCAGCAGCAGCAGCAACAGAGCUCUACACCGAGCCGCUACGUGCGCAGGCUGCUGCAGCAGCAGCAACAGCAGCAGCAGCAGCAGCAGCAACAGGAGAGGCGGCGGUGGCAAUCUUCGAGGCAGCAGCAGCAGCAGCAGCAGCAGCAGCAACACAGACAUGAGGUGGCUGUACACCCCGUCGAGGAGUUCGUUGACCUGCUGAAGGAAGUCGAUGGCAUCGCAGACCCUGCAGCACCGCCCCCGCGUUUCUACCGCCAGCAGCAGCUGCAGCAGCAGCAGCAGCAGCAGCACGAAGCAGCAGCUGCUGCUGCAGCCUUUACAGCGUUCACGCAACGAAGCAGCCACCAGUAUCUGCAGCAGGGACAGAGGAGCAGAGCAGCAAAACACAGCCACACUGCAGCAGCAGCAGCAGCAGCAGCAGCAGCAGCAGCAGCAGCAGCACCAGACAGCGAUGGCGUGGAAACCAUCAACCGGCAGCAGCCGCAGCAGAAGCAGCAGAAGCAGCAGAAGCAACAGCAACUUCUGCAGCUGCAGCAGGAAGCUGCGCUCGCUUUUGUUGCAGUGCUGGCAGCAACUGCUGCUGCUGACGGCUGCCGGCUGCUGUGCUCCUCCUGCGGCGGCUUCUUUGCGUGUCUGCAUGCAGCGCAUGCAGCAGCAGCAGAGACAGCAGUGGUUAAAGGUGCAGCAGCAAACGCUGCUGCUGCUGCUGCUGCUGCUGCUGCUACUGAGAAGCUAGGCACUGCUGCAGCUGCAGCAGACGAAUGCAGGGGACUGAUGUGGAGCAAGGCGCUGCUGAAGCAGCAGCAGCGGCUGCUGCUGCCGCGCUGGCUGCAGCCUUGCUGCUGCCCGUUGCAUGCGCAGGUUACCUACGUCCGCGUGCCAGCAGCAGCAGACGCAGCAGCAGCAGCAGCAGCAGUAGCUGCUGCUGCUACUGCUGCUACUGCUGCUACUGCUGCUGCUGCAGCACCGGGCCUCUCGCAGUCGCAGCUGGUGUGCAGUGCCGACCACGAACUGCAGCAGCAGCUGCAGCAGCAGCAGUUGCAGCAACAGCUGCAGCUGCAGCAGCAGUUGCUGCUGGCCCAAAAGGAGCAACAGGAGACAGCGCAGCAACUGUUUCAGCAGCAAAAGAAGCUCACUGAAGCCGAGCAGCAGCUGCAGCAGCUGCAGCAACUGCAGCAGCAGCAACAACAAACAGUGGCAGCAGCAAGACGCGCCAAGGCAGAAGCAUGCGCAGCAGCACGCAAGGGGCUUGCUGCUGCUGCUGCAUGCAGAGAAGUGCUGCAGCAGCUGCAGGCUCAGUUCCGUGACCUCUUGAAGGGUCUGUCUCCUACGGAGCAGCAACAGCAGCAGCAGCUGCUGCUGCAGUUGCUGCAGCAAAGCAGCAGCAAACUGCAGCACGAGCUUCCCCUAUUCCCUCCGUUGCUGCUGCCUGAUCGCCGCCUCAUUUCGUGGGUGCUGCAGCAGGUGAGAGCUUGA